AUGAUGAACAACGCGGAUCCGGCUCCGGCCCAACCAGAAUCCGUUCAAAUCGUCGAAAUCUCCAUGGAUCCUCAGGAACGGGUCCCGACAGUGCCGGUCGCUGAACACGCGCCAAUCUAUCCGAUUUGGAAUCCGUUCUUCGGUUAUCGAUUUGUCGCCCAGCAAGUGCCGGAUAUUGUGAGACUGGAGAUGCGGGUACAGGCGCUCGAGCAGCAGAACCGGGAAUUGAACGCCGAGAUCGGUGCGAUCAUUGGAAACCUGCAGAAUAUUCGACAGGUACGGUACGAGAGGUUUCACAACUUCAGGAAACUGGUUUUAUAGGUUCUCGAACGAAACUUCGGGAAUUGAAGGACGUGCUUGCAGCCGAAUUGUUCUGUUCCUUUUUUAUCACUGAAGUUCCGAUCGAACAUCUUGAUUUACGUAUGCAUCUUGAUCAAAUGACAAUGCAAACUCUCCGUGAUAGUAGACGAAACAGAUGAUGCAGAAAAUGAUGAGGAUGAAGGCGUGGAGGCAGAGACGUGCUUCUCGCGACAUCUUCGUGCGUUUCCGACUGAAACAUUCAUUCAUUGUUGCUGUUUGCCGACCAUUCCGGUUCACUUUUUUUCAGGUCAAGAAAUCAGGCUGGAGAGACUAA